AUGGAGCAAGAAGUGCAGCCUCAUCCGGUUAUUACUGUAGUCCCGUUGGAUAAACCUGAGUUUUUGAAACAAAAGCCGCCGGUCUGUAAGACAUCACCACAGGUAAAUAAGGGCUUAGUGAUGAGCGAAAUAACAGGGGCUAGCAAUGAAUUAAGCACUGCAAAAGGACUGCAAAAGAUCGGUACACAGGGGUCAAGGCAUGCGAUGGGCAUCGAACCAAUAGAUAUACCAAAAGCUGCUGAAGUCGAUACGUCAGAGUUGACGUCAUCGAUUUCGACUGUAGAAGAACAGAAGGUAGACCCUCUUUCGACGUCUAUUCCAUCAGUAAGUUCUCCUAAAUAUGUCAACUUCCAAAGCUCUGGUGUUUCGUUAGAUGAUAAGAACAAGUCGCUACUCUUUUCAUUGGGCAAUUCGGCAAGUAAUAACAGGUCAAGCAUAUAUGAGUCUAAGUCUACAGUUACUGCGAUACCAAUACGCUCAACAAAAACCCAUGAUUUUGAUGAUAUUGUAUCCAAUAAGAGCGUGUCAUCAUCGUUGACAGCCUCAUUUUCGAGAAAUUUUCUAUAUGGAUUCUACAAUGACAGAAAAAGAGGCCAAUUACGAAACAGAGGGAUAUUAUCAAAGGACUAUUGGAUGAAAGAUGAAAGUGCAAAGGAGUGUUUUGCCUGUGCAAAAGCUUUCAGCACUUUUAGGAGAAAGCACCAUUGCCGGAUCUGUGGACAAAUAUUUUGCAGUAGCUGUACCUUUUUGAUGCACGGAGAUAAAUUUGGACAUAGCGGCAAGAUGAGAAUAUGUAAUAAUUGUUACGAGCAUGCAAACAAUUAUGAAGAUUCAAGUGAUGAAUCAUCGAUUGAUGAUGCAUCCCAUAUUGAUCAAGUUAGCACAUCCCAAGUUGAACCAAUUAAUGGCAUAAGUAACGAUGAUAUCCAAAGCAUACUAACCACUGGAGGGGAUGAGUCCAGGAUAUUCAUAACGCCGACGCCGCCUCCUAAGAUGGCUAUUCCAGCAACUAGACAGGGGGAAUCUUUGGAAAUUUCAUUUCCGUCCGGCGGAAGUAAUACCAAUUUUUUUCCUCAUUAUUCUCAUCAUCCUAAUCGUAAUUAUUACGGUAUGGAAAAUCCUACCCGUCCUAGAAGGGGAACCCGCGAUAGGUAUUCGUUGCGCGAUGUAGAAAUUCUAUCUCCUAUAACCCAAGAGCCGGCCAGCGCAAACUUCCAAAACUCCCUACAAAGAUCGAAUACUAGCAUUAGAAGUUUGCAACUUGGGAACAUAAGGCACUCGCUUUCAAAUUAUAUCAAUGGUCAUAAUGGAUCUGUAGCGCUAACGCUCACGCCUAAGCAGCAACAACAUCAGGCGCCGAUGAGUAUUUUUGGAAAUUUAGGGCACAAUAAUUUUAAAUUUGAAUUUAACUACGGUGUGGAAAAUCACCAAAAACACCAAUCACAGAAAUCUCCCAGCCACCAGUCCUUUUCUAAUUCUAGAAUUCCGUCACCUCAGAUCCAUGAGAAAAGUGAAGAUGAAGGUUCCGAAGACGAAGGAUCUAUGUCAUUAUAUUCGGCAUUGAAUGAGACUAGAGUAUCAGAACAUAACCCUAUCCGAUCACUAAGGAACAACAGAAAAUCCUCACAGCGGGCGCAGGCUUCUCUUCAAAGAAUGCGGAUGAGAAGAAAAAGUAGGAGUAAAUCUGUUUCUGUUUACAGCACUGUUGCUGGAAAAGAUUUAUCGUUGUUAAAUUGCACCUCACCAAACUUGAUAUCAGUUGUUACCUCUGAUAAUAAUUAUGCUACUCGAUCAAAUGAUGUUACUAAUUACAUGAGGCCAAGGCUAAGAAGUGAGAUUCUAAACAGUAAAGAGCUACGUAGGGUAAUAUCAAGCUCUGCAUGUUUUAGACUGUUGCCUAAAGAAGGUAAAUCUGAGUUGAGCGAAGUUUCAACUCUUCAUAUCAACGCCCUAUUGAAACAAGUUGUAAUUGAUCAGGAGCUUCCAACAUCCAGAGAAUGGGAAGUGAUUCUCACCCCAUUUUUAUUAAAGAUACAAGCCAUUCAUCUUGAUGCGAGGAAAUUGGAUGAUUUGGAUUUUAAACAACAUUAUUUGAAAAUAAAGCGGAUUGCUGGAGGGCAUAUCAGCGAUUCUGAACUAGUACAUGGUGUUGUAUACUCCAAAGGUUUGCCUUUGAAAUCAAUGCCUAGAGAAAUGCACGCUCCUCGAAUUCUAGUUAUUAUGUUCCCUGUAGAAUAUCAAAAGAACGAUAAUCAAUUGUUAAGCUUAGCGUCAGUUAUGGCACAGGAAAAAGAAUACUUGAACAAAUUAGUAUUAAGGCUAACAUCAUUAAGUCCAGAUAUUAUCUUGGCAGGUUCAAAGGUAAGUGGUUAUGCCUUAAAACUAUUAUGUGAUGCAGGAAUUGUGGUCCAAUACAAUCUUAAGCCUCAAGUAAUUGAACGAAUUUCAAAAUUCACAGAGUCUGAUAUUGCUAUUUCAGUUGACAAAUUGGCCACUAAUAUUAAAUUGGGAACUUGUGCAAAGUUUGAAGUGAAAACAUAUAUAUAUGAUAACAUCAGCAGAACUUACACAUUUUUGACUGGAUGUAAGCCAAGCCUAGGAGCUACAAUUGUCUUGCGGGGCGAGACACAUCAGACUUUGAGGAAAAUUAAGGAUGUCACUGAAUUUAUGGUAUAUGCUGUAUUUUGCUUAAGAUUAGAGAGCUCCUUUUUGAAUGAUAGUUUUCUGCAGUUCAGUCCAGGGGCUUACAAACAAAUGGCUGAAAAGAGACGAAAUUCUGCUCCAUCCGGAUAUUUUUCGGAGUUCAUAGAGAAGUUCAAUUCCAGGUUAUUUUCGGUCUCCCCAAUGGUUGAGUUUCCUGUACCAUAUCUAUUAGCCAAAGCUAGAGAGUUGGAAGCAGAAAUCAGUAAAAAAUCAGAACAAAUAAGUCAUAUUUUACAAAGUGGGGAGGAGCCAAUACAGGAUAUUGUCGUUGAAGGCCUUGACAUGAACAUCUUAAAACGUCAAGAUUACAAUUACUUAGUAAAAUUUAUUCAUGAAAAAGAGCUUAAAGAUUUGCAACUGAAAUUUCAAAGAAGAAAGCGUCAAUGGGAAGUUUCGUACUCUCUGUCGCAGAACUUACUAGGUACUGGAUCACAUCAAAAUAUAACCGUUCUCUAUUCGGUAAUUUCUUCGAAGACUGCAACGCCAUGUAUUGGACCUCAGUUGGUCACUAUUGAUUAUUUUUGGGACAAUGACAUAUCAGUCGGACAAUUUAUAGAAAAUGUUGUUGCUACAGCUUGUCGCCCAUGUGGUCAUAGUUGUGGUGGCUUGAUGAUUGAUCACUAUAGAAGUUACGUCCAUGGCAACGGUAAAGUGGAUGUUCUAGUGGAAAAAUUUCAAAGCAAGAUUCCGAUGCAAAACAUUAUAUUUACAUGGAGCUAUUGUAAGAAAUGUAGUAGUACAACUCCUACAUUGCAAUUAAGUGAUAGAAGUUGGAACUAUUCAUUAGGAAAAUACUUGGAACUGCUAUUUUGGAAUAGUCAUGGAUUUCUACCCAACGCAGGGAACUGUUCGCAUGAUUUUUCUCGAGACCAUAUAAAAUACUUCAGGUUGAAUGAUUCAGUGGUUCGUAUGGAAUAUUCUGAAAUCGAUGUACACGAGUUGAUAAUUCCAUCGACUAAGAUUACUUGGAGCUCUCACAUUGAUAUAAAGCUUAAGGUAGAGUCUUAUUAUUCUAUUUUGGAUAAGAUCAACAAGUUUUAUUUCAGUGUUUCAGACAGGUUGAACAGGGUGAAACUAGAUAGUUUGCCUGAGGAAAGGCUUCAAAGUGGGCAAGCAAGAAUUAUGGAUUUAAAAGCCAAAGUUGAAGAAGAGAAGACUCGUUUGAUCAAAUAUACUGAUGAGUUGUAUCGAGACACUCCAGGUGAUCAGCAUUUACAUAUCAAUGCUGCAAUUAGGGCGUUGCAUAAUAAUGCAGCUGGUUGGGAUGCUGAAUUUGUCGAUUUUGAGAAGAAAUUCCUUCCAACGGAUAAGGAUAUUGCCCGUAUUACUGCAUUACAACUAAAAAAACUGCUCGUUGACUUUAAAAGAUCAGAUGAGAAAGGCUCAUUAGACUGCGAGAAGGAGAGGGAUAUGGAUAUGAUUACAGAUAUUCCCGAGGAGGGUGAAACCAUUGACGAAUCGAAAGAAAGCCAUGGUGAUGAUGAUGAGGGACGUUCAGAUGCUGAUUUUGUUGUUCAGAAAUCGCGUAAGAACUCACAUGACAGUAAUACUAUUGAAUCUCAAAACUCUGCAUCAAGCAUCGGUAAUAUGAAUGAUACGGAACAUGAGCAGAUGUUCAACUCCGCUUCGACUUCUAAACAAAUGCUAAGGACCACUGAAGAAGCGUUAAAGUUUGCCCUGAAAGACGAACGCAGGAGAGGUAGGGUUUUGGGAGAGGCGUUCAAAUUUGAAGAGAUGAUUAAACAAACGUCGGACAGCCCUACUGUCAAACCGAACGCAACUAGUGCCCAGGCGCCACCUAUACUGAAGUACAUGAAUUCGAGUGGUCAGAUAACAGUGGAAUCAAAUGCAUCUCUACAUUCGGAAGCUCCCGACAAUAAUAGCAAUAAUAACAAUACCAUCACUAAUAAUAAUAGUCAAAGUAGAGAUUCAAGAUCUACAAUAAGGGAUCGUAGAAAUUUGAGUAUGAGCAGUUCAAACAGUUCCAUUACCCAACGCAGCAGAGACUGUUAUGCAGAUGGUAAAGUUGGUCAACUGGCGAGCUUUUUCGACCAGAUACAUUUUGAUGCACUAUCAAAGGAAUUUGAAUUGCAGCGCGAGAUGGAAAGACUGCAGAUGAAUAAAAACAAGUAUAAGGCAAUACGAGUAAAAUCUUCUACUCCAAUUGUGGAAGUAUACAAGAAUGUCAUAGAUGCUGUCGACGGGCCUAUGAACGAAGAAACAAAACUCGCCAGCAGGAUUUCCGCUUCAUCAACUGUCGCUCCAAAUCAAAAUUCUCAUUCUGAACUUGGUAUGGCGUCCCCAGAUGCCUUUGUUGCCGAGAGUAACCUAAGAAGGGGAUUAGAAACAGAGUUGGAAAACUCCAUUCAUAUGUGGUCCGAAAGAGUUCUGCUUGCAAAUGAAGACAAGGAUAUGAGGUCGAAGGAUUUGCUUGCUACUAAUGGCAAGAAUACUCAAAAUGAGCCACUACCACCUGUUACUACUCCAGCAAAUGUCAACAUGGAUAACUCUGAUGCUGCUGCCCCAUCAGAGAAAUUGUCGUUAAUGAAAACACUUGCAAAUUUCUGGGCAGACCGUUCGGCAACUUCUUGGAAACCAUUGGAAUAUCCUACCACUCAAACAGAACAUAUCUUUAUGGACAAUGAUGUUAUUAUUAGGGAGGAUGAACCUAGUUCGUUGAUUGCAUUCUGCUUAAGUUGUUCGGACUAUGUUAAGAAAAUGAAUAACAUGAGUAACCAGGUUCAACAACGUGAAUCAGAAGUAAAUCCUCCAAAGGCAAAAAAGAUGACUGAAUCUGAAUCAUAUAGAUCUAUUGCGGAAAGCACUACGGAAGACGGUACAACAGAAGCCGAUUUACAGGUUUUAAUGAAGAUAAGUGAACCAGAACCAUUGGAUUUGGAGAAAAUAAUGACUAAGAAAACAGGAAUGCACCUAAGAUACCAAUUCCAAGAUGGAAGUUCAGUCAUGUCCUGCAAAAUAUUCUUUUUUGAGCAAUUCGAGGCUUUCCGUCGUAAAUGUGGAUGCAGUGAUGGAGACUUUAUUCAAAGCUUAUCUAGGUGCGUUAAAUGGGAUUCAUCAGGCGGCAAAAGCGGCAGUGCAUUUUUAAAAACCUUGGACGAUAGAUUCGUUCUCAAAGAAUUAUCUCGCCCUGAGAUAGAUGCAUUCGUGAAGUUUGCGCCCAGUUAUUUUGAGUAUAUGGGUCAGGCAUUAUUCCAUGAUCUUCCAACCGCGCUAGCAAAAAUAUUCGGUUUCUUUCAAAUUCAGAUUAGGAAUUCUGCAACAGGGAAGAGCUUCAAGAUGGAUGUUAUCAUCAUGGAAAACCUAUUCUAUGACAAGAAGACCACAAGAAUAUUCGAUCUUAAGGGCACUAUGCGUAAUAGGCAUGUGCAACAAACAGGUCGGGAGAACGAAGUGCUACUAGACGAAAACAUGGUCGAGUAUAUAUACGAAUCUCCAAUCUUUGUGAGAGAAUAUGAUAAGAAAUUGCUACGUGCAUCUUUGUGGAACGAUACCUUAUUUUUGGCUAAAAUGAAUGUAAUGGAUUAUUCUCUAGUUAUUGGAGUUGAUAAUGAAAACCACAAUCUAACUGUAGGUAUCAUUGACUGCAUACGAACCUUUACUUGGGAUAAGAAAUUAGAAAGUUGGGUCAAAGAAAAGGGCCUUGUUGGAGGUAAUACAAAGCAGCCAACAAUAGUGACACCCAGGCAAUAUAAAAAUAGGUUUAGAGAAGCAAUGGAAAGGUACAUUUUGAUGGUCCCGGACCCUUGGUACCAAGAAACCCGCAAAUAA